CCCUUGUAUGAUAGUGUUAUACCUGACUGAAGCAGCAAUAGUUUAGUUCAGUUAGCCCAGUUUUAAACAUGUGUGUCUGUCUAGGGAAAUUCGUAGUGAGAUACAUUUUAGUUAGCAUUAAUUUAUUGUUCUUUUUAAUAGGCGCUGGUCUUGCAAUAGUUGGUGGAAUUGCUCUUUACCACCUGAGUUCGAGUCCUCAAAUCGAAGUUUAUACUUUGAAAUUCGCAGUCAUUCUGGCGAUAGUAUUAGGAUGUGUUAUAGCAAUCGUUAGCUCUCUAGGUUGGUGCGGAGCGUGUGCUGAGAGGAAGAAUUUGCUUUAUAUUUAUUCUGCAAUAAUAUUGAUCUUAGCUGGUCUACAAAUCUACGGAUUGGUGACCCUAAGGAACCAAGAGCAGGAGGAAUUGAAAGACAUGAUCGUAGAUUCGCUGGAAAUGGCAUUUAAUGAUACCGACCUGCAAAGUUUUCAUGCUAUGGAAGCUUCCCUCAAGUGUUGCGGGACCACAGGCCCUGAUUCUUAUGCCGGCGUCUACGACAGACUUCCAGCAUCUUGCUGUAAAAACGCCACGAUACUACCAGACUUCGACACACCAAUCGUAGUUGAUAGAGAUAUGGCUCUAUCCUGUUAUGCUGAUGAUACUCAUCCAGGGUGUAAUGAAGUGUUACUGGAAGCUCUGGGCGUGUUAGCACAUUAUGUUGGAAUGGCUUUCAUUGUUGUUAUUGCUGUUGAGUUUCUAGCUAUGGUUAUGGCGAUGUCGCUCUCCUGUUGCAUCAGAAGCCCGAAGACUGUUUAAUAUUGUUAUAAAUAAACCUUGUUAAUGACUAUGUGUAUUACUGUAGAUUGUUAUGUUUGAAAUAAAAUUUGUUAAAAAAGA